AUGUUGGAACUUGGCAAGAAUCAUCCGCCGGAUGCGAUGGAGAACCUGGACAUUGAUGGCCUGGAUGAAUUUGACGAUGAGGACGAAGAGCUUGGAUGGUCGUUGAGCUAUUUUGUGAUUUGCAUCCUUAUGCCCACGUUCAAUGGCUUCAUGAAUGGCUAUUCUUGGUCGGGAUAUGCCCUGCACUACACCAGCAUGGGAUGGCCCUUAUCAAGGUCAGGAUUAUCUUGUUUCAUCUCCUUCCUCAUCCGACCCUUCUUCCAGCAGAUCCAGAUCCGGUGUGGUUUGUGGGUGAUUGUCCCGUUGAGCUUGUGUCAUUUGGCCUUGGCAAUCCUGGGGCUGAUCUACACAGACAAGGAGUGGGCCGUCAGCCUGGAGAUGGGCAGUUGGAUCGCCUUCGAGGCGGCCAUCACCAUCGAGGGCUUGGCCUUCGACGUUUUCGGGAAAUCCGAACUCCUGGCGCGGCAGGCCUCAUCCACCCUGUUAGCCGUCUUCACCUUUGCAUGUGCCUUAGGGGUGACGAUCGGUGGGAUCAUCUAUGACUUUGCCGGUUGGCAGGGCAUGUCUGUCUUCCAUGUGGUAUGCCAAGCCUCCAUGGUCUUCCUCUUCACCACCCAACCUUCUACUCGCGAAUCAUUCCGAGAGUUCUUCAGUCCUGAGUCCCCGGACGACAACGACGAACUCUUUCAGACCGUCGUGCCGGCUCCCGCGAAACCGGCCCUGGUCGCAGCGUCGCGAAGCAACGACGGCGACCUGGUCGUGGAGGAGUUCGCGGCGGACCUCCCUGGCAUUGCAGAAGACGCCGAGGACGCUCGCCCUGGCAGCGGCCACUCCGCCCGCUCCGCGCAGGACGAAGGCGAAGAGGGCGACCUGGAGCCACGUGAGGGCGACCCAGGCCAACGGCGCCCCCGGAAGAGCCUGCAGAGUCGAAAAAGCCGGAGAAGCGUGAGAAGCUCCAAAAAUCGAGACAGUUGGCAUUCCGGGCGUGUGCGUGCCUCAGUGGCCUCGGAGGCCUCGCGCCUCACGCGGCGGACGCUGGUGACGGAGAAGAGCUUUCGGACUUCCAACACCAAAGGCUCCAAAGUCACGCAAGGCACCUUCCUUUCACGUGUCACUGCCUUGACCAACCUAAAAGACUCGGAGAACUUCCAGCAUGGUUUCAUGGCCAACAACGCUCUUCGACCCACGGUGCAAACACGAGCCGGAACGCACGGAGGAGAUCAGGAUGAGCGAGAUGAAGAGAAAACCGAGCAAAAAAGAACGUCCAGAAGCUCGAACAAGGGCACGAAGGGAAUACCGAAGGAUUUGCGGAUUCCCGCCUUUCUGAUCGUGCUGUGCUGUUUUAACAACAACUUCAGCUACGUGUUCGAGUUUAGCACUUUUGCAGUCUAUUUCAAAGUAUACCAUGGCUGGAACGCUGCCAUGUGGGCCAGUUUUGCCCAGACUGCUGGAGACUUAACAGCGGCCAUCAUGAUGAAAGUGCUGGGUGCUGCUACGGAUGAUGAUGAAGAAGCGGGAAUCCUGCGUCGUUUGACCAAGCAACCCUACAGCUUGUCUUGCCUCCUCUUUAUAUGGAUCCUUUGCAACUUGGGCAUGACCAGCCCUUGGUUGCCAUUGGCAGUGACGGCGCAGGUGAUCAUGGGGACCGUGUACGUCUACACCUCCAAGCUCACUACUGACUUGAAUCUCUUCUAUUCCCUCGGUGAUCAGCCGCUCUUCCUUUCCCUUCAGGUCUGGUGUAAAAACGUGGAGGCGCUGGGGGGCUGCGCGGCCAGCUUUUUGGGGCCCCUGCUCUUCGAAGCGGUCUCGCCCUUCUUUCCCUUCUUCGUAUCUGCCACUUUCUCUACGGUGACCUUCAUCCUCUUCACCUCGGGUUUCUGCCAGCGAUUGGGCUUCCCACCGGAUGUGGAGACGGCUGAGGCACAACGCAGUCGGCGCUUGGGCUUGCGACGCGUGAGCCACUGGAGCGUGGUCAGUCGGAAGAGCCAUCACAACCUGGAGCAAGUGGAGUGA